CUCCAGCUGGCUCUGUAAUGUCACUGGCUGAACCGCACACAAGCUGGGACCAAGCUCAGGAGGAAGCAGCAUUUUCAUUUUACUGGGAAAUUCAGACACACCAGUAGGUUUCAUGGAAGGUCUCAGAGCUGGGUAUAAUCAUCUCCAACACAAUUAAACCACUGGAGUUGGAUUUCACAGAAGAUGAAGCUGAAACUGAGUAUUUUGUCUCUAUUUGUUGCCUUUGUGGGGAUUUUAAGUUUCAUAUUUUUGGUGAUUGCCAUUGGAACAGAUUUCUGGUACAUUAUUGACGCAUCCAAACUGGAAAAAAUGGGCAACUAUUCUGAUCCUCUGAGUUCACAUUCAGGGCUCUGGAGAAUGUGCAAAUUUAAAAGUAAAUGUUUUCCCCUGGUUAACCCAUUUUGGCACGGAGACCAGAACUUCACUGCAUCACAGAAACAACUUUUAAAUAUGCACGGGACCCUUGUGAUCUUGUUACCGCUAAGCUUGAUUCUGAUGAUAUUUGGUGGAAUGACCGGCUUCGUUAGUAUCCUUGCAAGAGCGUACAUCCUUCUUUUGUUGACUGGAGUCCUUUUCCUUUUUGGAGGUCUGGUUACUCUCACUGGAAUCAGUAUCUACAUAGCCUACUCUGCUGCUGCGUUUAAGGAUGCUGUUUGCCUCCUAGGGAACAAAAUCCUUGAUGAUAUUGAUAUACGAUUUGGAUGGUCUGUGGCACUGGCAUGGAUAUCGUUUAUUACAGAGGUCCUCACGGGAAUGGCAUUUUUACUGGCUGCCAGAGUUAUUGGCCAGAAACGAACUCGAGAUCAGAUCAUAUGAAAUGAAAUAUUGAUCCAAAUUAAUUUCCAAAUUCCAGAACUUUGAAUGUUUCACAAAUUGAAGAGACAUUACUAAAUAUCCACACACCAUGGUGAAAUGUGUAUUAAGCUGUUUGACUUGAGUUGGCUCAAGUUAAACAUUUCUUGGAUAUCACCAGUUAAGUUUUAUUCUGUCUGUGUGAUAAAUUUUAGUAGCCAUGUGAUUAUUUUUGUCUUUGUCUACAGAGCAGAUACAAAUUUUCAGAAGAGAUUGAUGUUUUAUUUAGAAUUUAUAACGUUUUAUAAAUAAAAUAAAAAAACUAAGAUGGUGUUUGGUCUUUGCAAAUGUUAAUGAAUUAUUGUCAAUAUGUUUAGAAAUAGAAAUAUAUGUAAAACCUAAUUUUUCUGUUAAAUGUACAUUUCCAGGACUAGUUUGUGAAAAUCACAAAACAUAUGCUAUAAUCUCUGGGGCAUUUAUGGUUUGACUAAAAAGCUACAAAAGUAAAAGGUAUUGUCCUGUCAUGUUUAUUACAAGAUGAGAUGAUGAUGUAGCAUAUUAUUAUUACAUAAAAAAACAGUAAUCAAAGCUUUUUAUGGGUUUAUCUAAUUUUGUAAGUACACUGAACAGAUGGUUUAACUCCUUGGGGCCUAUUUAUGAAGCCGUCAACUGCAAAUACGCCGGGAUUCCGCAGCGUAAUUUUGGCGAGCCUGAUUCGCCUUAUUUAUCAAAGCCUACAGACCGGCAAAAGUAGAAUUUUGUGACGUAACAUACGAUUCGCCGGUCUCAGUCCGAUACAGAUCGACGCUUACGUCACUACAGAUGUUCCGAAUGCAAAUUCGGCACUAUCUGACUACUUUUGAUAGUUAACAAAUAUCUACCAGGUACGCUCGCCACUAUUCUGGCCCAGCGUACCUGGUUUUCAAUCUGCUGCCCUAGAGGUGGCGGAUGCCAUAGGAAUCAAUGGGAGUCUGAAAGAAGCGAAAGCUCAUGUUCGCUGCUGCCCUAUAUCCCAUUGAUUCCUAUGGUAAUGUUUACACCUAACACCCUAACAUGUACCCCGAGUCUAAACACCCCUAAUCUGCCUCCCCCUACAACGCUGCCACCUACAUUAUACUUAUUAACCCCUAUUCUGCCGUCCCGACCCUGCCGCCACCUACAUUAUACUUAUUAACCAAUAAUAUGCGGUCUCCUACACUGCCGCCACCUACAUUAUACUUAUUAACCCCUAAUCUGCCGCCCCGACACCGCCGCCUCCUACAUAAAGUUAUUAACCCCUAUCCCGCCACUCCCGGAGCCCACCGCAACUAAAUACAGUUAUUAACCCCUAAACCGCAAGCCCCCCACUUUGCCAUAAACUAAAUUAACCUAUUAACCCCUAAACCUAACAAACCGCUAACUUAAUAUUAAAUAUUAACUCAUCCCUAUCUUAUUAUAAAUUUAAACUUACAUUUAAAAUUAAAUUAAACUAUAUUAAACUAUUAAUUAAUCUACCCUAAAUAUUAUACUAAAAUUACCUUAAACUAUAUUAAACUAUUAAUUAAUCUACCCUAACUUUUAAACUAAAAUUACAUUAAACUACAAAUUAAAAUAACUAUAUUCUAUAUUUAAACACCUAACCCUAUUUAAAUAAUUUAAAUCUACACUAAAAAAUUACUAAGUUACAAAAAACUUACAACUAAGUUACCAAAAAUAACAAACACUAAGUUACACAAAAAAAUAAACACUAAGUUACAAGAAAUAAAAAUAAAUUAUGAAAGAUUUAAACUAAUUACACCUAAUCUAAGGGCCCUAUGAAAAUAAAAAGCCCUCCCCCCCAAAAUAAAAAAAAACC